GUUUCUAUGGUUUCAUUAAAACAUCAUUUGAUUGUUAUUUAAAUGUAAAUUCAUUUAACGCUUAGUUUUUUAAUACAUUUAAUUGUUUGUCAACACAAAUGUUAACAUUUAGUCCAACAAUCACUUAACAGUAAUGUCCAAAAUGUCAUAACCAUAUGAUUAUACAGUGUUUGUAUAGUUAUUGUAAACUGUCAUUAAAAGUCUCGCAAAACUACACGUCAUUUGAUAUUAAAAUUAACAAUUAAUUGAGAUUUAAUGCCAAAUAUGUCUCAAAUGAGCGACAAAUCAAAUAUAAGUUACGAGAAGUUGAAGUCAUUUGCGGUUGAGAUGAAUGAGAAAGAAGUGAUGAGUGGUGUGAGUGCGAGGGGUGUGUCGGCAUUGGAUGAGCUGAGGAAUGGCACCAAAGAGACCCUGAAGUACGCCUCUCUGGUCACACUUACCGUCCAAAACGCCGCCUUAAGCCUCACAAUGAGGGCCUCCAGGACUCAGAACCAUCUCUUCAUAUCGUCGACGGCUGUCAUUAUCUCUGAGAUUAUUAAACUCCUCACAUGUCUUGUGAUGGUCUUCAUUGACGAGGGAAGUGUCCGAAAAGUGGUGUUAUCUAUAAGAAGGCAUAUAAUCAAUGAGCCGAAGGACACGUUGAAAGUGGCGGUUCCGUCGAUCGUGUACUACAUCCAGAAUAACCUGAUAUUCUUGGGCGCCACACACUUGGAUGCGGCCACUUCUCAGGUCACAUAUCAGCUCAAAAUCCUGACGACAGCUCUAUUCUCGGUGUUUGUCCUGAAGAAGCGUUUAUACAAUCAUCAAUGGCUGGCAUUAGUCAUACUCUUCGUUGGCGUGGCUUUAGUCCAAUUGGUCGAAAUCUCCAAGAAGUCCAACACGUCGUCUCUGGAACAGAACCCUAUGAUUGGAUUCACAGCAAUACUCAUGGCGUGUGUAUUGUCUGGUUUUGCCGGCGUUUACUUCGAGAAGAUUUUGAAAAGCAGUUCCGAUGUCUCGCUUUGGAUUCGGAACAUACAGUUGAGUGCAAUCGCCAUUCCCUUCGGUCUGAUCCAAGUGUUUGUCACGGAUUCACAAAUGGUCUCAGAAAAGGGCUUCUUCUAUGGCUACAGUCUAUUGACUUGGAUUGUGGUCUUACUUCAGGCACAGGGAGGGCUUCUGGUGGCAGUUGUGGUGAAAUAUGCCGACAAUAUACUCAAAGGAUUCGCCACUUCGCUGUCUAUUAUCCUGUCAUGUAUUGUCUCGGUAUACGUCUUCCAAUUCGAAGUGAGCCUCCAGUUCGUGAUCGGAGCCUCACUUGUCAUCGGAUCCAUAUUCCUCUACAGCAAACAGCCCACAAGUGCUGACUCUUCAGUAUUCAAGUUAUCCAAAAGUUUGGACAAAUCCUAACUAUUUUAUGGUAUAAAUAGCUAACUAUUAUUUAUUACAGAUAUAUUUAUUUAACUUAAUAUUUUUCAUUCAGAAAAAUGACUUAAAAAUGAAAACAAUUUUUUUGUUAAAUUUUAUGAUAAAAAUUCUUAUUGUUUUAUAAAACUGCAGAAUUUAUGCAAAUUUUAACGACUAAUUGUAUUCAUGAUUAGUCAACACAGU